CGACACCGCAGUGCGCCCCUUCGCAGGCGACUGUAUCCAACGGGACGCCGGUACCUGUGUGAGGCGAGGCGGACGCCAUGGCGGCCGAGGCCCUGGCGGCGGAUGCUGUGGCGUCGCGCCUGGCGCGGCAGGAGGAGGACAUCCGCUGGCUGUGGACGGAGGUCCACCGCCUGAGGGACGAGCAGCUGAACGCGCCCGACCGCUGCCAGGCCGAGGGGCCGUGCCUCACGCGCGAGGUGGCGCAGCUGCGGGCCGAGAACCGCGAGCUGCGCCACCGCCUGUACCGCCUGCGGCUGUGCCUCGCGGAGGAGCUGAGCCACCAGGCGCGACGGGAGAGCGCCCUGCGGCAGGAGGCCGGGCGUGCGGCCGCGGGCGCGCAGCCUCCUCCUAGUCAGAGCCAAGAAAAGGACAUUAAAAAGAAGAAGGAAAGCGGGCCUGACAGUGAGGUGAAGAAUCCACUAAAUUUUGUGAAGGAAAGAUUGAAGCUUUUUGAAAUACUGAAGAAAGAUCAUCAGCUCUUACUUGCCAUUUAUGAAAAAAAGGGGAGUACAAGCAAUGUGAUCACAGUAAGAGUGGCUGAUGGGAAAACAGUGGAAGGGGAAGCUUGGAAAACAACACCUUACCAAGUGGCUGCUGAAAUUAGUCAGGAGCUGGCGGAAAGCACAGUGAUAGCCAAAGUGAAUGGGGAGCUGUGGGACCUGGACCGUCCGCUGGAAGGGGACUCCACCCUAGAGCUGCUCAUGUUUGAGGACAAGGAAGCGCAAGCUGUGUACUGGCACUCCAGUGCCCACGUCCUCGGGGAAGCCCUAGAGCUCCGCUACGGGGGCCUCCUGUGCUGCGGGCCACCCACCGACUGCGGGUUCUACUACGACAUGUUCCUCGAAGACAGGGCCGUGUCCAGCACAGAGCUGCCAGCGCUGGAGAGCGCGUGCAAGGCCAUCAUCAAAGAGCAGCAGCCUUUCGAAAGGUUGGAAGUCAGCAAGGAGGCCCUGCUGGACCUGUUUAAGUACAAUAAAUUUAAAUGCCGCAUCCUGAAGGAGAGGAUUAACAUGCCAACGACCACAGUUUACAGAUGUGGUCCACUAGUUGACCUUUGUAAAGGCCCCCAUGUAAGACACACUGGAAAAAUUAAAGCGAUAAAAAUUUUCAAGAAUUCCUCAACAUAUUGGGAGGGUAACCCUGAAAUGGAAACGCUGCAGAGGGUCUACGGGAUAUCCUUUCCUGAUGACCAGAUGAUGACAGCCUGGGAGAAGCUGCAGGAGGAGGCCAAGACCCAGGAUCACAGGAGGAUUGGGAAGGAACAAGAACUUUUCUUCUUCCAUGAUCUGAGUCCUGGAAGCUGUUUCUUUCUUCCCAGAGGAGCCUUCGUUUAUAAUACACUUAUGGAUUUCAUACGAGAGGAGUACCACCGACGCAGCUUCAUGGAGGUGCUCUCCCCCAACGUGUACAGCAGCAAGCUCUGGGAAACCUCUGGACACUGGCAGCAUUACAGUGACAACAUGUUCACCUUUGACAUUGACAAGGACACUUUUGCCCUUAAGCCCAUGAAUUGUCCGGGGCACUGUCUGAUGUUUGCCCAUCGUCCACGAUCAUGGAGGGAAAUGCCUAUUAGAUUUGCUGACUUCGGAGCUCUUCACAGGAAUGAGCCAUUGGGAACUUUGAGUGGCUUGACCCACGUCAGGCGCUUCCAGCAGGAUGACGCUCACAUCUUCUGCACUGUGGAGCAGAUUGAAGAAGAAAUAAAAGGGUGUUUGCAGUUUUUGCAAUCCGUUUACUCAACAUUUGGCUUCUCCUUUCAAUUAAAUUUGUCAACAAGACCUGAAAACUUUCUAGGGGAGGUUGAGAUAUGGGAUGAAGCUGAAAAGCAACUACAGAAUAGCUUGAUGGAAUUUGGGAAACCAUGGAAGAUGAACCCGGGAGAUGGAGCAUUUUAUGGUCCUAAAAUUGAUAUAAAAAUCAAGGAUGCUAUUGGCAGAUACCAUCAGUGUGCUACAAUUCAGCUGGACUUCCAACUGCCUGUAAGAUUUAAUCUUACAUAUGUUAGUAAGGAUGGGGAUGAUAAGAAGAACCCUGUGAUCAUUCAUCGAGCCAUUUUGGGGUCAGUGGAAAGAAUGAUAGCCAUUCUCUCAGAAAACUAUGGAGGAAAAUGGCCUUUCUGGCUGUCUCCUCGUCAGGUAAUGGUCAUCCCUGUGGAGCCAACUUGUGAAAAAUAUGCACUUCAGGUAUCCACUGAAUUUUUUGAAGAAGGAUUCAUGGCUGAUGUUGACUUAGAUCAUAGUUGUACACUAAAUAAGAAAAUACGAAAUGCACAGCUGGAUCAGUAUAAUUUUAUUUUGGUGGUUGGAGAAAAGGAAAAGACAAAUAAUGCCGUAAAUGUUCGAACAAGAGACAACAAAAUUCAUGGAGAGAUUUCAGUAACUUCUGCCAUUGAUAAAUUGAAGAAUCUCAAGAAAUCACGUACCCUGAAUGCUGAGGAAGAAUUCUGAAGUCCUUUCCUUGUGCUCACAUCUGUGUAACCUUGUUCUGAACCCUGAACAUGCAUUUUCCUUAGUUACCAUUCGUACUUCUUCUGAGAACUUGGGACCCACUGUCCGGUCCACUGAUGGGCACAGUGAGAAGUGAGACAGGGAAUGAGUGGCUGAUAUGCACAAAAUCUGAUUCACUAAUGUGUCUGCGGACAAUGAGAGGACAAGUGUGGGAAAUUUUAAAUUUCCCAAAUAUCUUGAGAGACUUAAAUGGGAAAAUGUCGUUCAUCAAAGAGGGAAAUACUAGGAAAUGAGCAUUAU